AUGUCGGCUGAGGAUCGGCUUAUUUCUGUGCAGCGAUUGGUGAUCGGCUUUUAUUUAUACCACUCCCUUCGGAGACUGAAGAGGGUUGAUCAGACUGCGAUUGGGCAGACGCCAGAGCUGCCAGAACGCAGCUUCUACAGCAGCAGGGUGACCGAGAGUAACGGCGCGGUGCCCCGGCUGCAGCUGGCCGCCUCCGCGGGCAGCGCGGUGCUCUUCGACCUGCGCCUGCGCCACCGCGGCCGGGGCAACGGGGCGGAGGAGGGGCGCGCGGUGCUGUACACCAGCUACGUGCAGGACUGGUUCCGCGAUGGCGUGAACUUCAGGGACAGGCAGACCCGUGCUUGGGACGACAUGCCCGAGGUCACCCGGCGUCUCUUCGCCCGCCUGGACGGGCGAGAGUAUGUCAGGGCGUUGGAGGACGCCCUCGCGGCGAGGGGGGUCGACGUGGCCGACCUGACAAGCGUGUCCCGGCAUCAGCGAGGGAAGCUGGAGCUGUGA